AUGGAUAUAUACUUUCAAGACACGUUUCAUUUCUUCGUUACUUCCCUUAAUGGAACCGCUGAUGAUAAUGGCCAGAGACUGGAACUGAGACUGAAAGACAGAGACUCACCGCUGCCUCACCGCGCUGCUGGUCUCGCCACCGCUAGGAAAGUCAAAGAACGAAGCUGCCGCCUCUCCCCGGUUGCUGUCGACGUCAACCAUCAACUCCUCGUCCUUAGUGCUCUGACCCAGGCUACACCAGUUGAAGAGGAUUGUCUUGACCCCACAUGGAGAAGGUUUAAGGGUUGCUUGGGAGCAUUAGAUGGCACUUAUAUAGAGGUGACAGUCCCCGAGUCUGAGAAGGCAAAAUACCGAACAAGAAAGGGUAAAAUCUGCACCAAUGUCUUAGGAGUGUGUAACCGGGAGAUGGGUUUUGUUUAUGUACUCAGUGGAUGGGAGGGAUCGGCAUCUGAUUCGCGGGUACUUCGGGAUGCAAUAACUCAUCGUAAUAGUCUUAAGAUACCCCACGGUAAUUACUAUUUAGUUGAUGCUGGUUACACAAAUGGUCCGGAUUUUCUAGCACCAUAUAGAGGAACUCGAUAUCAUGUUAGAGAGUGGGCCCAAGGAGCACGUGCACCGCGCAAUCACCAAGAAUAUUUUAAUAGGGUUCAUUCUUCCGCUAGGAAUAUCAUUGAGCGAUGCUUUGGUUUGCUGAAGAAGAGGUGGUCCAUCUUAAGAAGCCCUAGCUUUUACCCUCUAAAGACACAAUCUCAGAUAAUUAUUGCUUGUUGUUUGCUUCAAAAUUUCAUUCGAAAGAGUAUGGGUAUGGAUCCGGAGGAGGAAGGUAGCAUAUUGGAUGAAUUUAUGCCUGAUGGAGAUGAAGCACAGGAUGGAAUGAUUGAUGUAGUUGAAAACACGAACGAGUGGACUCACUGGCGUGACAACAUAGCAACUGAGAUGUAUGAAGAGUGGCAUAUAGGGCUUAUGGAGUAGUGCUGUAUUUGCAGUGUAAUGACAUUGUUAUCAAUUGAGUAUUGUUGUAAUGGCACAAUUUUAAUUUGUAUCACUUGUUGAGACGAGAAACAUUGUAAUGGCACUUCUUUG